GGUAGCUGGCGCCCGAGCUCGGUGGGAGCGGAGAGGGUACCCGGCUGGCUCGGCUGGCGGCUUGUACCCGCAUCUCGGUGCCGCAGCCCUGUGCCUCUCCCGCCCUCGUCUCUGGCUCAGCAGCCCCGGGCACCGAGGAGGCGGCGGAACCCUGGGCUGCCGAUACUUCAAAACACAGUAUUGGUGAUUAUUGCAGAACCUUUCGCUACUUUAUUAAUUGAAGUCCACAACUUCUGGUUAAACAAUUGUGCUUUAAUGAAUGUUUCACAGAUUUUUUGGAAUCUUAAUUAUGUGACCAUAUUAUGAACUUCAAAAUGAACAUGUAUCUGGAGUAGAACACAAAAAUUAUUAUGCCUGUGCUCCCUUGGGACUCUUUGGAAACUAUACAGUGAAAUCUUCUGGGAUUUUGUCUGGAGUGUACGGACUGGUGCCUAAGAUGGAAGUAGAUAUAAAUGGCGAGUCCAGAAGUCCCCUGGCCACCCUGCCCUUGCCCGUGGCGGAGGGGAGCUCGCCAGGAAAAGUGGAGGCCGAGAAACCCCGCUGUUCUAGCACACCCUGCUCGCCCAUGCGUCGGACUGUGUCGGGCUAUCAGAUCCUCCACAUGGACUCUAACUAUUUGGUUGGCUUCACAACUGGCGAGGAACUCCUGAAGUUAGCCCAGAAGUGCACAGGAGGCGAGGAGAGCAAAGGAGAAGCCAUGCCUCCCUUGCGCUCCAAACAGCUGGACGCAGGACUUGCGCGCUCCUCCCGUUUGUAUAAAACCCGAAGUAGGUACUAUCAGCCCUAUGAGAUUCCAGCUGUCAACGGCAGGAGGCGAAGGAGGAUGCCCAGCUCUGGAGACAAGUGCACUAAAUCCUUACCUUAUGAACCUUACAAAGCCCUCCACGGGCCCUUGCCUCUUUGUCUACUUAAAGGUAAGAGGGCUCACUCCAAAUCUCUGGACUACCUCAAUCUAGACAAAAUGAAUAUCAAGGAGCCAGCUGACACAGAAGUGUUACAGUACCAGCUGCAGCACCUCACCCUCCGAGGGGACCGGGUGUUCGCUAGGAAUAAUACAUGAAUGACUUCAGAGAUCCAACCACUUUAGGUCAGCCUGUACUCGGCUAGAGAAAUCUACUGUCGUACCCUGUACAUGACUCUUCACACUAUAGAUGGUUAUAUCAGCUAAGUGUUCCUGGAACAUAAAAGUUGUUUGGAUCAAGUUUUGGAUACAGGAAUGAAAUUACAGGUACUUGGGGUGGGGGUGGGGUAUAUCAUUCUAGAGCGCACACCUGCAAAGGAAAAAGAUAGUGGAUCACGAGUUUGCAUAGCUUUUCAGCUAGGAACAGGCUUUGGUACAGUAAUUUCAUUUUUAUGAUUCUGACACUCAAAUUGGGAAUGUUAUACCUACGUGGUUGCUGAUUUGGUAUGAUUCAUUAGAAAUUUAUAUCUUAAGUACUCAAGUACUUCUUGGAUCUCUGUAUUUUAUUAUAAAAUGUAUGUAAUGAUUUGUUUUAUGAAACUUAGAACUUGAACAUUGCUGAAUUGGACCACUUUUUAUUUUUAAAUAUUGAGUUCAAAUAUUUUAUAACUGAUUUUGCACUGAAAAUAAUUAACAUUUCAGAUUAAGAGAAUAAUCUUUCUUCACUUGCCUCAAUAACAUUAUUGAGCAAUGAAUUCUUUAUUUCCGCAUGGAAAGUUAUUGAUCUCUAUGGCUGUAAAAUAUUUCUUUAUAGCAUUAUUAAAAUGUGUCUUAAUAAAAUUGAAUUUGGGAUACAAAGUGUUUAUUUUACAAUGGGUAGUGGGUGGAAAGCUUUUCCAGAAAGUUGCCAAUAUGAAGUUUUCAUAAGUUGAAAAACUAUACUUAGUGAUUAUUUUCUGAUUUAAAAUUCAGCUGGAACCUUAAAAUGGAAAGGAUUCUCUUAAUUGUGGAUUAUAGGCAUAAAACUAUUUGCAUCUGAAUUUUUCUGUAAGUGAAUGGAACUUUAAUAGAGGAUCUCGUGAUUUCUACUAUUGAAUGCUUAAACUAAGUAUGAAGUGAUACCAUUCAGCAUGGCAUUGGGUCAUUCCAGUUUUAGUUCUCUGCAACAUAGCAUUCGUUGAAAUUCCAGUUUCUAGGAUUAGGGUAGCAGCCUAACGUCCUUCUACAGUUUUAAUGGGCUAAUCCUGGAUUACUUAACAAUUUAUGUCAGUUGCAUUGGUUGAAUUUGUUGCUAAAGAAAUAAUGCCCUGCCUUUAGUAACAAAUGUAGCUCAACUAAUCUUGACUAUAUUUUGGGGAAAAAUGUGUGUAACUUAACCUUUUGUAAACAUUUCUAUUUCUUUUUUCAUUCCCAUUUGAGUUUUGAAGGUGCAAUUUAUUGAUUUGGCAUUUCUGGCAGCAUAGAGUUACUUAUUUUAUAUCUUCUUUGGGGCAUUGUGAGUUUCUUAGGGGUUAAUAUCCUUGCUUAUAAAAAUAAGAAAACCUUUUAAUUAAUAAGUGGGUCAUCCCUGGAAUAAUUGCGAUUUGCCUUUAUCCAGAAUGAAUCGCAAACUAUUUUAGAUCAGCAUAACUAUUUAAAAACCCUAGGGACUUAAUCAAUGUUUAUUAUACUUCUGCAAAGGCAAGCCAUGUGAUGAAAUGUGUGAAAAGACCUUGGGAGGUUGGACCAUGUCUUAUUGACUUGAUCAGAUUUCUUGGUGGGCUGGAAAUUUUCAGCUGUUGUCUAUUGUAAAGUAAAUUGCACCUUUGUAAUAUAUUGUGUUGAAGAAUGAUCACUAAGAUUAACUAUAUCUAUACAGUCAUUAGUUUGACAAGAAAUAGAAUCCUGUCAGAUGCCAAAGAGUUGGGAUUUUUACAUUUAAUGAUUAAACACCGUUAUUUAUUGAUGGUUUACCCUGUGGAAUUGUAUUAUUUCUAACUAUGAAAUAAAAGGGUGAUAUAAAACACA